UAGAAGCUCGAAUGGUGAGAUUGUCUCUUUCGAGUAAGAGGUACACUUACGUACACGAAAGUGGAAGUAAGCCAACUAGAGAAGCCAUUGACACUCACCAUGUGAGCAUCAAGGGAAGCAGAGCAACUGGUUAUGCUAGUCGUAGGGGGAUUGGUUUCUUCCUGGUGCUUUUGGCGAGUUCUGUUUACUUUUUGCUUGGAAAGGACAAUCCAGUUAGAAGUCUUUCUUGGUUCUGCCUCUUAAGUGGUUUCUUAAUUAUGCUACAAAGUCGGAAGUUUGUCAAGAAAGAAUCUGUUAUAAUCAUGCCAACCUUUGGCAUCCAGCUUGAUACUCAAUAUUUAAGGUACCCUAUAUAUUGUUUGCACUCCAUGAUGAAUUAA